UGUUUUGUUAAUUGAAUCAGCAUUUUCAAACUCUCAAAUCAUUUGGUGAAGUUUGGAUCUUUGAUACAGAGAAGAGGAAGAAGAAGAAGAUGUCGUUGGUGUGGCUAGAAGCGGCUCUGCCUCUGGGAAUCAUCGGAGGGAUGCUCUGCAUCAUGGGCAAUUCUCAGUACUACAUCCACAAAGCUUACCAUGGCCGUCCGAAGCACAUCGGGCAUGAUGAAUGGGAUGUUGCUAUGGAGAGACGCGACAAGAAAGUCGUCGAGAAAGCCACAUCUCCUUCCUCAUGAUCCUCCUCAGGUCUGUGUUGUUUAAGAAGCGGGGCUAACGGAUACUCCAGAAGAGACGAAGAAGAAGCCGAAGAAUCUAAUUCUGUUAUUCCCGUUUUGAUUCUGUUUUCAAGAUUGAGACCUUGAUGACAUUUGGUUGAUAACUUGUCUCUUUUUGUUUGUGAUGCAUGUUGUUAAGCUGCAUUACAUUUGGUUUACAACUACACUCUUGCUGUGUGAACGUAUUAUGAAUAAUCUCGAAAAAUGGCUCACCUGAAAA